ACAACACCUUUCGUGCUGUUAGAAUUACAGAUCGACAGUGUCAAAGUCGAUAAGCAAAAAUUCUUGUUCAUUUCAUCAAAAUUACCGUAGAAUGUCCCCAAAGAAAAGGACAAACUCUACUCUGGAUAACACGCGUAAAGUGGCCAGAGUAGUGUUUACGACCAUUAAGAAAAUCGGGUCGAGAGGCGCCACAUUGAAGAAUAUUUACAAUUAUAUCAAGAAAGAGUAUCCACAUUCGUUAUCAAAUAUGAUCAAGCUGAAUAAUACUCUGAAAAAGGCGCUAGCAUUUGGAGCAGUGAACAAGAAGAUGGGAAAUAGGUAUGUUCUCGGGAAUGUGAUUAAAGCGCUGGACAAGCCUUCUAGGCAAAAUCGUGGAAUAACUGAAGCUCGCAGAAGAAAGCGCAAAAGAGCUCAAAGCAGCAAAAGAAGAAAAGCUCGCCGACCAAAGCGUCGCUAAAAUUAUAUCAAUAAAAUAUGCUUUUUGGUUAUCUAGGCUUUUGCCAUUUACAUUCCCAUUUUUAAUUGUUUUUUUCAAUGUUCUCCCAUAAGAAAAUAAAACCUUUUCAGUAUUUCUGA